CAUCCACUCUUUAGUACGAAUAAGACACUCUUUUCUGCUCACUCAUAGAUGCAUAUUCCGCUGGCCACCCUGACUAACCGUCAGUGAGCUUCAAAAUAAACUCAAAAGUCUCCAGGCCGUGUAUUCGGUUGAAACGUCUUAGAAACGGUUCCGAAGCGCCUGUGAUUCUGCUUCUCACGACAUAAAUAAAGUUAAGAAAAGUUUCGUAUGCUAGUCCAAAAAGCCACGGGAUGGAAAGUUUGCUGAAUCUGUGAGCAAUGAGGGCAUUUGGGCCGAUUUGUUUACUCCACCGUCUGAAGAAGGCAGACUCAUAUUCACUUCGGGCAACUUUGUCCGACGAGACGAAGCAUUGUCGACCUCGGCUGCAAGAGCCCUCCGAAAAGCUUCCGCUGGAAACUCGCCGCGUAUCAACCGUAAUGUCCAGUGAUCGACAGGGAUGGAAGCGCAUCUACAAAUUACAAGCUCGCCCAUUUCCACGAGGUCUCCAAGCGUUGAAGUAGAGGUCUGCCUUGAUAUUUCGAGCGUGCUAGGCAGAACCUAGUUAAGGUUUGCUGUGUCCGACUAUAUGGUAAUUGUUUCUGUACAUCUCCUCGCUUGCUUGAUUGUUGUCAGGCCCAUCCCGGUACACUCGUGUCAGAACUUGGAACAUGUACCGUUAAGCCAUAUGUACCAAAGAGAGGACCCCUCAUUUGUAUGAGGCUAUUCUAUGUACUUAUAUAGUUCCGUCAACUCGUUGCAACGAUCACUACCGAUCUAUAAUGCCGCCCCGGCCGUCUUAUCCUCUACCCACCUUGUAUAAUCCAUCAGAAGACCAAGGAACACGAUACUCUUUCUUCCUCGUGCCGACUCUGAAUCUGAAUUAACAAUUGGUUCCACGGCCGGGACUGUAGCCUGUGUUUCAAAUAUAACACGCAACGCCACUCCCUUAGUUUACGUAGCUUUGCCGUUUGCUCCACGACAGCGUCGAUCGCUUCAAAUCGCAAACCGAAAGAAUGAACAGCUUUCUCAUGGCCAGACACGGCGAUGAUGAACACGGGGCGACAGGUGCAGUCACCGCCUCCGAGGCCAUGCCGGGAAUGGCUAUGAGCUCCGGCGCGAUGAACGACAGCCAUGGCACUUCGGGCGGGAGCACGGGCAUGAUGAUGAUGACCAUCUUCCAGACCAACAUGAAGACUCCCCUCUACACCGAGACUUGGACUCCGACCACCAUAGGCACCUACGCCGCCACGUCCAUCUUCCUCAUCUUCCUCGCCUUUGCCCUCCGCAGCAUGUUGGCUCUGAAGUCCAUUCAGGAGAAGCGAUGGAUGGGCAAGGACUUCAAGCGCCGCCAUCUCAGCGUCAACGGGAAGCUGGUCAUGGCCGGGAAGAUGUCAACGGAUAGCAUGGCCAAGCAGAUUGUGCUUUCGGAAACCGGCGUCGAGCAAUACGUCACCGUUGUCCAGCAGCAGCACGGUGUCUGGCGUCCGUGGAGAUUCUCCGUCGAUCCCAUCCGAGCUUUGAUUGACACUGUGAUUGCCGGCGUUGGCUAUCUCAUCAUGCUGGCUGUCAUGACCAUGAACGUUGGCUACCUCCUCUCGGUGCUCGGCGGUGUCUUCCUGGGCAGUCUUGCCUUCGGUCGUUUUGCCACCAGGGGCGAGCACUAG